UCAAGAAAAAACGAUCGAUUAUCGAAUCGAUAGUGAUUCAAGUAGACUUCUAGUUAGAUCUAGAUUCUAGAUCUCUAGAUCCUAACUGAUUUUAUCGCCCUAGCUAGAAUCUAGUGCCCAAGUACUUAGUGAAGUUAGAAUCUAGUGACUAGUAGAUACUAGAAUCUAGUAGAGUAGUAUUAUUAUUACACCAACUGACCUGAUGCUUCUUUCUGACCUACUGUAGUACUGAAGCAGGGCACACACUAACCACUAACCGUACGCCCGCACUAACGGAUCAGUUGUUGUUUUUUUUUACAGUCAUUGAAACACGCAUCACAGUAACAGCUUCAUUAUCUCUAAGAUCUAGACUCUAUGUAUAUUUUACGAAGCCAUUUGUGUAAUCUGCUGGCUAUAACUAAAAGCUGCUGUGUAGCUGCUAGAGCUAGAUCUAGAAUGAGUCAAAUUAGGCCAAAUGUUUUCAUCAGCAGACGUAUUCCAGAGAAAGGGAAAGCUAUGCUUGCUGCAGAAUGCGAUAUUACAACUUGGGAUUCAGACGAACCAGCUCCACGAAAACUUUAUUUGCAAUCCGUUGCAGGCGUUGAUGGCCUUUUGUGUUUGCUUACCGAUAGCAUCGACUCGGAGUUGUUAGAUAGGGCAGGACCAAGUCUUAAAGUCAUCUCUACCAUGUCUGUUGGGUUUGACCAUAUCGAUUUAAAAGAAUGUGCAAAGCGAAAUAUACUUGUUGGGUACACACCAGGAAUUUUGACUAAUGCCACUGCAGAACUUACUGUUGGUUUGCUACUUGCAGCUUCACGGAGAUUCAAAGAAGGUAUGCAUGCGGUAGAAAGUGGAGAAUGGGGUGCCUGGAAACCCAUGUGGCUUUGUGGUCCUGGUUUGGAUGGAGCAACUGUCGGCAUUGUGGGUCUAGGAAGAAUCGGCAUUGCGGUCGCCAAGUGCUUGAAGCCGUUUGGUGUGGCUAGAAUUCUAUACAGUGGUAGGUCAGAAAAAUCUGAAGCUGAAGAAGCAAAUGCACAAUAUACAAGCUUCGACGAACUUCUUACAAAGUCUGACUUUGUUAUAGCAUGUUGUGCACUGACCCCUGAAACAAAAGAAAUGUUCAACGCUGCAGCUUUUAAAAAAAUGAAAAACACAGCGGUUUUUGUAAACAGCAGCAGAGGGGGCAUUGUCAAUCAGAAAGAUCUGUAUGAGGCUUUAAAAUCUGGAGAAAUCGGAGCAGCGGGAUUGGAUGUUACCUCACCAGAACCUUUGCCUACUAAUAGUCCUUUACUGAAGCUGAAAAACUGUAUUGUACUACCACACAUUGCCAGUGCAACACACAGUACAAGGGAGGCAAUGGCUGUGCUUGCUGCAAGAAAUCUAUUGGCUGGGUUGAAAGGGGAACCUAUGCCUAGCCAGCUUAAAUAGGAUUUUAUAAAACUAGUAUUAAAUUAAUAAAUCAAAUUGUGCAUUGAAAGGUAGAUUAUAGGAAAACAAACAAUGGGCAUUAGUAGGAUACUUUUCAUCUGUUUAUGCAUCAUUUAUACUCAAUAUUGUUGCAAAAGAAACUGGAUGUUGUCCAGUAUUGUAAAAACUAUAAAUAGACAAGUACAAAUAGACCAGGAUAUUUUAUAAAGUAAGUAUAAAAGUAGUUGAGAGCACUUAAAAAUUUUUUUUUUUUAAAUUUC